UUGAGAAUGUCUCUGCCAAGUCAACAAGCUUUUGUUAACCCUCCCCCACCGGAGUAUAUAAACACGAGGAAGAGUGGGCGAUCUACAAAUCAGCUGCAGUAUCUGCAGAAAGUCCUGCUGAAGGCUUUGUGGAGGCACGGUUUCUCCUGGCCUUUUCAGCAGCCUGUAGAUGCCGUCAAACUAAAGUUGCCUGAUUAUUAUACCAUUGUAAAAAACCCAAUGGAUUUAAAUACAAUUAAGAAGCGCUUGGAACAUAAAUACUAUGUGAAAGCUUCAGAAUGUAUAGAAGACUUCAAUACAAUGUUCUCAAAUUGUUACCUAUACAACAAGCCUGGAGAUGACAUUGUUCUUAUGGCACAAACUCUUGAAAAGUUGUUCAGGCAGAUAUUAUCUCAGAUGCCACAAGAAGAGCAAGUUGUGAGUGGUAAGGAAAGAGUGAAGAAAGGCACUCAACAGAAUGUAGCAGUUUUUGUUAAAGAAAAACAGUCCCCCAAUGCACUGGAAAAAAUAUUUAAGCAGCAAGUGGUUCCCUCAGUAUUUCCUGAGAUUCCAGUUUCUCCUUCAAACAUGGCACUAGGUGCUCCACUCAAUCCUACCUCACAGACAGUGGCCCAGGUUACAAAGGGUGUGAAGAGGAAAGCAGAUACAACAACUCCUACGACUGCUGUAGUGAAGGGGAGUGGUGACUCUCCCCCAACGCUCGCAGGAAAGAAAUCAGGAAAAAUGCCACCUGUGAAAGGAAAUGUGCUAGAGAAUGUUUUGCCGGAUUCUCAGCAACAACAUAAAGUUGUAAAGAAUGUGAAAGUAACCGAACAAUUAAGUCACUGUAAUGAGAUUCUAAACGAAAUGCUUGCCAAAAAGCACGUGUCGUAUGCCUGGCCCUUUUACACGCCUGUCGACGUCGAUGCUCUGGGGCUCCGUGACUACUGUGAUGUCGUCAGAAACCCGAUGGACCUCAGGACUAUUAAGGGGAAAAUGGACAACCAAGAAUAUAAAGAUGCAUAUGAGUUUGCUGCAGAUGUUAGAUUAAUGUUCAUGAAUUGCUACAAAUACAAUCCUCCAGAUCACGAGGUAGUGACAAUGGCUAGAAUGCUUCAGGAUGUUUUCGAAACGCAUUUUGCAAAGAUCCCCGAUGAACCUGUUGAGAGCAUGCCUGUGUGUUACGUCCGAACGGAUGCCACGGAAGCCCUCGGAGAGAGCAGCAGCGAGGCUUCCUCCGGAGACGACUCUUCUGGUGACUCUGAAGAUGAACGCGUUCAGCGUCUUGCAAAGCUUCAGGAGCAGCUUAAAGCAGUUCAUCAGCAGCUCCAGGUCCUGUCCCGAGUGCCUUUCCGUAAGCUGAAGAGGAAGAAUGACAAGCCUAAAAGGGAAAAGAAAAGAGAAAAGAUUGAUAACAGAGAUGAGAAUCCAAGGAAAAAGUUGAAGCAAAUGAAACUGAAGAAGUCCAAGUGCAAUCAGCCAAAAAAGAGGCGACAACAGGUCUUGGCUAUGAAAUCUGAAGAUGAAGAUGCCGCCAAGCCUAUGAGCUACGACGAGAAAAGGCAGUUAAGUUUGGAUAUAAACAGACUCCCUGGAGAUAAGCUGGGGCGAGUCGUUCACAUAAUACAGUCCCGAGAGCCUUCACUGAGAAAUUCCAGCCCCGACGAGAUAGAGAUAGACUUUGAGACGCUGAAAGCGUCGACUCUGAGGGAGCUGGAGAAGUAUGUUGCUGCAUGUCUGAGAAAAAGGCCGCUGAAAGCUCACGGUAAGAAAAUAAUGAAGUCCAAAGAACUUCAUUCACAGAAAAAGCAAGAGUUGGAAAAGCGGUUACUGGAUGUCAGUGCUCAGUUAAAUUCUGGAAAGCAUCAGACAAGACCUGAGAAAACUCAGUCAGCCAGGGCCCUGGGAGGCGGGUCCCGGCUGAGCGACACCAGCAGCAGCGGCGGUGGCAGCUCAUCGGAGUCCGGGAGCAGCGGCGGGGCCUCCACGUCCGCAGACAGCAGUGAGUCCGAACCAGAAAUGCUUCAUCAAUUUACUGGAGCAAAACACAAUGAUUCUCCUUCUAAAGAGAAAGUAAAGAUACAGUCUUCUGUGCAAGAUGCAGCCUCUGGGAAAACUACCCGUGCUCAUCAGACCAUGUGUUCAGGCGGAGCAGCACCAAAUCACCACCAGUUAGUGCUUGAUCGUCAAGGAUCAGAACAUUUACAGGGUGUGGAAAACACGUCAGCUUUGCAAAUCGUGCCUCCUUCAGGAGGUUCUGAGCAGCGCCUGGCUGUCCCGCCUGCGUGGCAUCAGGCCGGCGGUGACGACACAGUGGCACCAGAAUCAGAAUGUCACCUUCCUAUGCAGAAGGAUAUAAAGAUCAAGAAUGCAGACUCUUGGAAAAGUUUAGGCAAACCAGUUAAAACAUCAGGUGCAAUGAAAUCAUCAGAUGAGCUCUUCAACCAGUUCAGAAAAGCAGCGAUAGAAAAGGAAGUAAGAGCCCGCACACAGGAACUAAUACGGAAACAUCUGGAGCAGAAUACAAAGGACUCUCAGGCACCUCAGGAAAAUCAGAGUGACCAUGGCUGCACUCAAGAACCUUUUCCAAAUAAAAUGCAAAACAAGUGUCUUGGAGCCGAGCAGAAGGAACAUCAGCAGUCGCUGGAAGCUCAAGAUAAAGGCAGACUCUGGCUUCUCAGAGACCGGAACUUAGCAAGGGAGAAAGAGCAAGAGCGGAGGAGACGAGAAGCAAUGGCUGGUACCAUUGAUAUGACUCUUCAAAGCGACAUUAUGACAAUGUUUGAAAACAACUUUGAUUAAAACUCAGGUUUUUAAUUAACCAUCAACUUACAAUGAAUAACAUAAAAGAUUAAACUGCAUAUGGUAAAAUGAUUGCUUUCAGACACCAAGAUACCAGUCUUAUACUGUAUUUUGACUGCUGUAAGAUGAUUAAACAAUUUUCACUUACAUUUUUUAAUAGCUAUAUGUUCAUUUUUUUAAUGACAUAGUUUACAGGAAUUUUAUAGUUUUGGAUCCCUAAAAAUUCAAUAAAUUCCCAGAAGUUAUUCAUUUUACAAACAGUCUACUAUGUAUAUUUUAGGCUUUGUCUAAGUAAUGAAAAUCCAAAAGAGAUGGUCCCUUCUUGUUUAAAAAAUUAAGAAUAUAUAAGGAUAUCAAAAAUAACAGUGCCUGUUGAGUUUGUUUUUUAGAAGAAGUUGUCAUUUAAUGGAGUUUAAACCUGCUUCUUUUUAUGGAGUGAAGAUUCCUUUUGUAAUGCAAAUAAUAUCUCUGUGCUGUGAUUCUGUCCUGGCUUUCUUUCAAUGAAACACACCUCUGUGGGGCAGAAUGUGGGGCUUACCUGUAGUAUGUAUGUAUGUAUGUAUGUAUGUAUGUAUGUAUGUAUGUAUUUAUAUUAUUUUUAUUAUUUUUAUUUUUAAUUAAAGGAUAAUUAACCUGCAUGCUAUGUUAGUUCCAGGUGUACAACAUAGUGAUUCAAUAUGUCUAUAUAUUACAAAAUGAUCACCAAAGUUUUUAACUUUUAAAACAAGUAUUUGUCUGCCUUCAGAAAUAUUUAGACCCUCUUAACAACUAAUACUUGGUUUCUUUAAGUGUCAGGUUAUGUAAGAUUCUCUGCGGUUCUGUACUCAAAGUUGAUGUCAAAAUUAGUUUAAAGAAAAUACUACCUAUGGUUUGAUACAUGUUGAAUUUGAGGCAAAAUAACGAACACUAAACCUUCAUUAUGUAUGUAAGUUUCUGUAAGAACUUACACAUUUCUUACUAUGCACAUGUGAUAGUAGUGGGUGUCUAAAUUUUUACUUAGCUAUAGUUGUCUUUAUUUAAAUUUGUAAAAUCCUUCUGUUUCAUCAUUCUCAAGUUGCAGGUGUGUUUAAAUCAUGUGUAUUAGCGUCAUGUACUUCAAAAUUUUGAACUCUUGAAGUGUAGCAUUCAGGCACUGUUCCAAUAUCAUCUAAAGUAAAACAUUCAAAGUGUGUAUUACAGAGAGAAAGAAAAAGUUUUCUUGGCUUCAUUUAUUUUUAUAAUCAAUAUUACAAAUUUUUGAAAUAUCUUUAAACUAUCAGCCAUUGAAAAAACCUAACUAGUGGCUAAAAUGGUGGUGAUACCUUCAUGAAACAGCCAGAAUUAAAGUGAUAGUCGUAUCUAUACCUGUUAAACUGUAUUUUUAGCCAGGAAGUUUGUAUGUAUAUACUAAACAGUACGCAUUGCUAUUUUCCUAAAAAGAUCAUAUAAAUAUGUAUGUAUAUAUGUUCUAAUCUUAGAUACGUCGGAAAUGCAUGGUGGUCACUGCUAGGUGCUGGGAUUGCAAGGUGUUUUGUUUGUUUUUCUUUAGACUUUUCAGUAUUUUCUGUAAUGCUUUUAAGAUCUGUGGGAAAAUUCUAUUUUGAAGAGAAUGAAAAUAGUAAGAAUUUACCUCGUCAAAUACAUAUUAAAUCUUUCAACAGCUGCCUCUAAAUAACUAAUAAAACUGCUCAAUGAAUGAUCUUUGUCUACAUCUAAAAAAAAAAUUCAACUUCAUUAGCAUAUCCUUUUACAUUCAGUGGUCAACUUGAUGUUUUCCUAUAAACACCUGGAGCCCUUAACAGAGCACUGUGUUACAGUUGUCAGUGUUUAACCGAUUUAUAACUGAUCCUUCUUAGAUUAUGCAUUAUUUUUUUAGUAAAAACAAAUGUUUGGCUUCUCUUAACUUCUUGCAUGGAGUUUACUUCCGUUAACAACGUUCCCUGUAAAAUCAACCUUUUUGCUUGUUUCUACCCCCAUCUCUUUGUUCUUGAGUUGUUCUGGACGUGUGGUCCCUGGGUCACGUCAGCAUCACUUGGAACAUGCAGAUUCUCAGGCUUCAGACUUACUGAGCAGAGCCUCUGGGUGUGGGGUCCAGCCAUCGGUAGCCAACAAGCCCUCCGGGUGGUUGUAACACACACCGAAGUCUGAGAACCCCUGCUCCAGCUGAACCCGGGCUCUCUUCUACAGGCUCCUAUUUUAGUGCCAGUUUUUUCACUAAUGUUUUUCUUCCCUUUGAAGUGCUACUUGCAGACUGUACUCUACCCCACCGCCACCCCCUGCUCCCCACUAAGGACCCCAGCUUUAAGUUUUUCAUGAUCAUUGGACUGUAAGCCCAUCGGCAUUUACCAUCCCUGGUUCACUCCUCCUUGCUCCCCAGAGAUUUCAGUCGCUGUUUCACUGUCACUCCCUAAUUGACCUUCUCAGUCCCUUGACCUCUCUGCUAAUGAUCUUGGUAUCUGAUCAACCUUAGCCACUCCUUUGUCUUUGCCAACAGCUACAGCUCUUCCUUCGUCUCAGUUUCAAGCAUCCUCGUCUAACUACUGACACCUGUCUUUCUCUGGCUUAGUCUGGGUAGACCCUUGACUCCAGCAAUCAUCAGACCUCCCUCGGGCCGCCAGUCCCUUCAUCCUUUCCAGGGUUCCUCUCCCCUUGCGCCCUCUCUUCUCUCUUACCCAGAGUCUGAGGUGCUUUGUUGUUUGUACUCACUCCUU